AAUAUUUGUCGGCGCGGGGCUCGGCUUGUAAGCGAAGUGUGAACAAUACUUUUUCGUCCGCGGCGUUACGUUGGUGAAGUGGAAAAUUUUAUUUUAACACAAAAUUCUCUUGUUUACAUAUAAAAUUCAUUUAAUAUUUUUAUGAAAUCGAUUAUAGCUAUUUGCAAUCGUGUAUUGUGUGCUAACUAAAUUAAACCAAUUCGUUAAAUUAGAACAAAAAUAGUGGUUUAAAAUUGCGCGUUAAUAAAAGUAUCCAAAAAAGAGUAUUUUUACCAGUAUCAAAAGAAAAAGUCGUGUGCCUGUAGUUGUGCGUCUGUUUGUGCUAAAAAAUACAAGCAAAGCAACCUACGUUUUUUCUCGUCAGAUUUACCGACCGAGAAGUGUGUGGUGACAAUUUUAAGUAAAAAAGAAAAGAACAUUUUUGCAUAAACAUUUUUUCUAAUAGAUUUGCAAAUAAAUAUAAGUUUUAAAGUUUACGUAAAGCAAAAAUAAAGAACACGAACAAAAAGAAAUAAACAUGUCGGAAGUUGUAGAAAAUGUGAGUGAACAAAAUAGCGCGCAAUCGAAAGAAGAAGCAGCAGCAGCGCAGCCAACUGAAACCGUGGAGGAAUCAACCACAAAUAAUGUUGAAGCUACUGCAGUAGCUGUACCUGAGGCAGUUGAAGCAGCUUCCACUGCCACCAGCGAAAAUGCUGACGAAUCCUUAUCGAAGCCGGCUGCAGAAGAAUCAACAACGUCACCAAAAGUGGACAAUAAAAAGACUCCCGUCAAACGCACCCCCUCCAAACGUAUGUCCUACAUAGAACGUGCUCAAAAGGAAAGUGAAGAACUGGUCAAAACUAUGGGCGGUAAUCUGGAUGUGGAAGGAGGCAGACGGACACGUUCCAGUACACGUGGUACACCCACCAGAUCGGCAGCAGUUGCAACACCACCACCCGCUAAAAAGGCACGUACUUCACCAGCCAGUGGGGCAUCAACACCGACACGAGCAAAGGGACGUGGACGUAAACUAGAUACAGCUGAGGAUGGUGCUGAGGAAGAAGAAACUAAAGCAACGCCAAGUAAAAAGAAGACGCCAGCUAAGGGUAAAAAGGCAGCAGCAGCGGCCAAACAAGCCGUAGCUGAUGAGGAUGAAGAAAUGGAAGAGAAACCAGUAGAGGCCGCCAAGGAGGAGGAAAAGAAACCCCAGGAUGAAGAAGAAAAACCCAAGGAAGCAGACAAACAAGAUGACACAACAGACUCAAGUGCCGUUGUAGAGGAAACUAAAGAAACACCUGCCAGUAGUGAAGCCACCAAAGAAACUACUGAAGAAAAAGUAAAGGAAAAGGAGGAAGAUAAAACGGAUGCUGUUUUAGAACCAGUUGCAGAAGAAACCCAAAGUCAAGUAGUAGCUACUGAAGAGAAUGUCACAAAAGAAACUGAAAACUCAGCCGCCGCCGCCGCCGCCGCCGCUGUUGAAAAGGUAACGGAGGAUGUAACAGAAUCGGUUAAAAGUGACAGUCCUAUGGAAACAGAAGAAGAACUUAAAAAUAAAGAAACUGCAGCAACAGCAGCAGCUGAAGAAGUAACAGAAGUAAAAGAACCCACACCAGAACCCAUGGAAGUUGAUUCUAGCUCUAAAAGUAAUGAUGCUAGCGAAACAAUAGACGAAGAUGUAACUGAUGCCGUUAAUGAGGAAGCUAAAGUGCUGAAUAAUGUUGAAAAGAUUGAGGACACCGUAAAACAAAACUCUGUUGAAACUACACCCACCGCCCCAGCUGCUGAAAUUGUAGCCAAUAAUUCUAUAGAGGCUAAAACAGUAGCACCAGCUGCAGCAGCCACCGAAGUUGCCAAUGAAAAUAAUACAGAUGACACCAACAAACAAACACCUGCAGCUAAUGAUUCAAAUAAAACUGAAAAUGAUUUGUGUGAACCAAAAAUUGCCACAUCACCCCCAAUAACGGCGUCUACUGACAACAGCUCUGUAACGACGCCGCAAACUUGCAAUUAGAUAAAAAGUGAGACGAAUAGCUUUACAAAAUUGCACACACAAAUAAUAUACAUACGUCGUCGUCUAUAUCAUUUUUAAAUAAAUUUAACAGAUAAUGAAAGUAUAAAUGAUAGAAAGAAAGAAAAAAAGAGUAAAACCCUUUAAAAUUAU